UGAUGAUCUACAAUCCAAAUUUUGGGUCUGGCAGCGUGCGGGGUGCAUACUGCCAAGUAUGCCCAGAGCGCCAAGGAGAUAUAACGGGGGCUGCAGCAACUUUUCCGAGAACUACAUAAGUAGCUUUUCCGGAUCUCUAGCAGCCGAUAUUAUAACUUGUUCAGAAUGUCGCCUCAGGAUUGUCGGCCAUCUUGGCGGAGACAUCGCCGCUCAUCGUGGAGUUCAUAUUUGCAGCUGCUGGCCAACUAAAAGCUGAGAGUCUUCGUAUCUGAAUCUGACCUUGGAACUCUAUCAAUACCUGAAGGAUUAGGUAUUCAUUGGCACUCGGCUCAGCAUGGCAACGCCGACCGUCCCGCCCAGUGGUGUUUGGGCACCCACCAUCACCUUCUUUAACCACGACGAGGACACCCUAGAAAUUGUGUCUCAGGCGGCCUACUACAAGUAUCUCUCCACUACUGGGCUCGCCGGUCUCGUGGUUCUAGGCACGAACGCGGAAACGUUCCUGCUCACCCGCGAGGAGCGGAAGACCCUCCUCCAGACUGCCCGCAAGGCAGUCGGGCCGUCCUUCCCAAUCAUGGCGGGCGUCGGCGGCCACUCGACACGCCAGGUGCUGGAACACAUCGCCGACGCCGCGGAGGCCGGUGCCAACUACGCGCUCGUUCUUCCCCCGGCGUACUUCGGCAAGCAGACCACGCCGGCGGUGAUCGACAACUUCUUCGCCCGGGUGGCGGAGAAGAGUGCGCUGCCGCUCGUCAUAUACAACUUCCCGGCCGUGGUGAACGGCAUCGACCUGGACUCGGCGACCAUAGCGCGCCUAGCCCGGUCGUCCCCCGGCAAGAUCGUCGGCGUCAAGCUGACGUGCGGCGCCGUGGCCAAGAUCACGCGGCUGUCGGCCGAGUUCCCCCCGGACCAGUUCGCCAUCUAUGCCGGGCAGUCUGAUUUCUUGAUCGGGGGUCUGGCCUCGGGGGGUUCGGGCACGAUCGCGGGCUUCGCGAACGUGUUCCCCAAGACCAUCGUGCACAUCUACAACCUCUACACUCAGGGCAAGAUCGCCGAGGCGUUGGAGCUGCAUAAGAAGGCGGCCCUGGCGGAGCAGCCGUGCAAGGCCGGCGUAGCUGCCGUCAAGUACGCCGUCUCGUUGACCACGGCCAGGCGUGCGGGAAUCGAGGGCGCGGUGAAUAUCUUGAAGCCUAGACACCCGUACGUCGAGGUCUCCGAUGCGGCAAAAUCAGACAUCGAGAAGACGAUUUCACCUCUCUUUGAGGUUGAGGCUGGUCUUUGAUGUUAAUUACAUCAUUUAAAUUUCAUGCAUGACCUCUUCUAGCGUGAUUCACCGUAAUGAUUCUGUAACCGUAUAGCCGUCCCUCCAUGAGCUUUCCGAACAGGAGGUUUGCUGCUGUCUUGAAUUGUCCAGUCGAUUUUCUUCUUCGACCAUUGGCCUUCCCGAUUACCCCGAACCAAUUCAACGUGGUGCGAGCCCAGGGCUGGCAUUCGAUAUAUCUUUGAAGUAUACCUAAGAUUAUCACCAACAAGUCGCACUUUUCGUUGCUCAUCAUCCAACAUGCACUCGUCGAAACCUGUAGGAAGACAAAC